GUGAUGAUCAACAUCUCACAACUGUCCAAGCUGAUGGACUUGUAGUAGCUACUCCUACAGGUUCAACUGCUUAUUCUGUAUCAGCUGGCGGUUCUCUAGUUCAUCCUGCAAUAUCUGCUCUAUUAAUUACUCCUAUUUGUCCUCACACUCUAUCUUUUCGUCCAAUGCUUUUACCGGAUUCAAUGGAGUUAAGAAUAUGCGUUCCUUAUAAUAGUCGUAGUACUGCGGAGAAUCGAAUUAAAACGUAA